AGUCUUAAAGGAGGACUGUAGCAUCUAAUGAUGAAACAUUAUGGAGUCUUAAAGGAGGACUGUAGCAUCUAAUGAUGAAACAUUAUGGAGUCUUAAGCUUUAAUUUGUGUUAUUACACUUGUGAAUGCAUGAAAGUUAAAUUUUUCUAAUAAAAAAAAUAUAUAUUUUGCACUCUGCAAUUUCACUGGAUGUUGUCGAAAUGUUCCGCUAGCGGAAUCCCUAGCCAUAACAGGUGUUAAUGUGUUUGAACCAAUCAGUUGUGUUGUGACAAGGUAGGGGUGGUAUACAGAAGAUAGCCCUAUUGGGUAAAAGACGAAGUCCAUAUUAUGUCAAGAACAGCUCAAAUAAGCAAAGAGAAACAACAGUCCAUCAUUACUUUAAGGACCACCACAAUAAUGGAAGAUCCAGAGUUACUUCUGAUGCAAAAGUUCAGUAGAGUUACCAGCCUUAGAACUUGCAGCCCAAAUAAAUGCUUCACAAAGUUCAAGUAACAGACACAUCUCAACAUCAUCGGUUCAGAGGAGACUGCGUGAAUCAGGCCUUCAUGGUCGAAUUGCUGCAAGGAAACCACUACUAAAGGACACCAAUAAGAAGAAGAGACUUGCUUGGGCCAAGAAACACGAGCAAUGGACAUUAGACCGGUGGAUAUCUGUCCUUGGGUCUGAUGAGUCCAAAUUUGAGAUUCAUGUCAUGUCUUUGUGAGACGAGGAGUAGAUGAACAGAUUAUCUCCGCAUGUGUGGUUCCCACCGUGAAGCAUGGAGGAGGAGAUGUGAUGGUGUGCGGGUGCUUUGCUGUUGACAAUGUCAUUGAUUUAUUUAUUCAAGUCACACUUAACCAGCAUGGCUUCCACAACAUUCUACAGCUAUAUGCCAUCCCAUCUGGUUUGGGCUUAGUCCCACUGUCAUUUGUUUUUCAACAGGACAAUGACCCAACCCACCUCCAGGCUGUGUAAGAGCUAUUUUACCAAGAAGGAGAGUGAUGGAGUGCUGCAUCAGAUGACCUGGCCUACACAAUCCCCCGACCUCAACCAAAUCAAGAUGGUUUGGGAUGAGUUGGAUCGCAGAGGUGAAGGGAAAGCGGCCUACAAGUUCUCAGCAUAUGUGGGAACGCCUACAAGACUGUUGGAAAAGGAUUCCAGUUGAAGCUGUUUGAGAGAAAGCAAGGGUGGCAACUUUUGAAGAAUAAAAUAUAUAUUUUGAUUUAACACUUGUGGUUACUACAUGAUUCCAUGUGUUUUUUAAUCAUUUUGAUGUCUUUAUUAUUCUACAAUGUAGAAAUUAGUAAAAAUAAAGAAAAACCCUUGAAUGAGUAGGUGAGUCCAAACUUUUGACUGGUACUGUACAUUCAAUUCCGUAACAGCUCGAGUGGACAUUCCUGCAGUCAGCAUGCCAAUUGCCCGCUCCCUCAGAGAUCUGUGGCAUUGUUGUGUGACCAAACUGCACAUUUUCGAGUAUCCUUUUAUUAUCCCCAGCACAAGGUGGACCUGUGUAAUAACCAAGCUGUUCAAUCAGCUUCUUGAUAUGCCACACCUGUAAGGUGGAUGGAUUAUCUUGGCAAAUAAUAAAUGUUGACUAACAGUGAAACAUCCAACACUUUCCAUGUUGCGUUUAUAUUUUUGUUUUUUGUUGUUACUAUCAGUUUUAGGAACAUUUACCCAAAAUAUGACAUCAGCGAUAAUCAAAAUGUUGAAAAUCUGUGAAUGUCUAAAUAAGAAAUUGGUCCAAUUAAACAUUAAUGUGUCGAACCCUUUCAACAACGGGGAGAUGUUACUGAUGUGCUUUGUAUCUGCGACGUAAAAACAAGUUUUGGACUUCCACACAAAAUUACUUCUUUAGUUAUUUUAUGUUUAAGGAAGUGUGUAGGUCACAUUCUGUAUCAUACAGCUAUGAAAGUUAUAUAUGUAGAACCACCUGUUCAAUUGGAAUCCAGCGACGUCUGUGUCUUCAGUGUCCUAGAACUGUCCAGGUUUUUGUGUUCUGACUUGUAAAACAGGAUGAAUAAGUAAUGUAAACAUAUCAGUAAUUACCAGGAAGCUCUACAUUUGUUUUAAAAUCACACUAAGAUUGUUAAAACUGGCCUCGGGUUAUUGAGAGAUCUGAUUUAGGAUUUACCCUCGUAGCAAGGUUGUUUUAUCAUGUGGUUUCAUUCGGGUCUCUAUUUAAAAAUAACACUGUCUUUGGCAGGAGAAAGGCCAGACUCGGAGGAACCAGAGCCAGGGACGUCCAAACUAGCAAGACGACACCACUGCUCCCACUGUGGAAAGAGUUGUAACCGGUUAUGGAAUCUGAAACGACAUGAGAGAAUGCACACAGGGGGGAAGCCUUACCACUGUUCCCAGUGUGGAAAGAGUUUUCGCCAGAAAGCACACCUGAAAGCUCACGAGAGAAUACACACAGGAGAGAAGCCUUACCACUGCUCCCAAUGUGGAAAGUGUUUCAACCAACCGGGGGAGCUGAAACAACAUGAGAGAAUACACACAGGAGAGAAGCCUUACCACUGCUCCCAAUGUGGAAAGUGUUUCAACCAGAGAGUAAACCUGAAACAACAUGAGAGAAUACACACAGGAGAGAAGCCUUACCACUGCUCCCAAUGUGGAAAGUGUUUUGUCCGUCUGGGGGAGCUGAAACUGCAUGAGAGAAUACACACGGGAGAGAAGCCUUACCACUGCUCCCAAUGUGGAAAGUGUUUCAACCAGUCGGGGCAGCUGAAACAACACGAGAGAAUACACACAGGAGAGAAGCCUUACCACUGCUCCCAAUGUGGAAAGUGUUUCAACCAGAGCGUAAACCUGAAACAACAUGAGAGAAUACACACAGGAGAGAAGCCUUACCACUGCUCCCAAUGUGGAAAGUGUUUCAACCAGUCGGGGGAGCUGAAACGACAUGAGAGAAUACACACGGGAGAGAAGCCUUACCACUGCUCCCAAUGUGGAAGGUGUUUCAACCAGUCGGGGCAGCUGAAACAACACGAGAGAAUACACACAGGAGAGAAGCCUUACCACUGCUCCCAAUGUGGAAAGUGUUUCAGCCAGUCGGGGGAGCUGAAACGGCAUGAGAGAAUACACACAGGAGAGAAGCCUUACCACUGCUCCCAGGGUGCAAAGCUUUUGCCCAUUUAGGAAGCCUGAAAGAACAUAUUAGACUGCACACAGAGGAGAAGGCUUAGAAAAGCUCAGACUGUGGGAAAACAUAUUACUCAUAACAGUCAUUAAAACGUCAUUAGAGAAUCUACACAGGAGAGAGAAAUUACUUCUCUUAGCGUGUAUGUUGAUAUUUCACAUCACAUUUACUUAAAAUUCAUCAGAGAACAUACACAGUGCUCCCGUUGUCUUAUAUUGUUGACUGACAAUGUGUUUACCUGUCUUUACCAGAUUAAAUUAAAUGGUACAGGGUAUACUCAAACAUAUAUUUGUUUGUUUUUAUUAGAAAACAUUAAUUGAAUAUGGAGUCUGUCCGUUUGAAUAUAAAGGAGAUCAGGUUCCUUGUUUUAAAACGUCCUUUUUUAAACUCUUUGUGUGUGUUUAUCUGGGUGUGUCAUUCCUCCAGCACUACAGAUAAUCAAGUGAUAUUUGGAUGUGAUGCAUUAGUUCCAUUGUUGACAUUUGCAUUGUUGGCCCACUGAUGAUUUAAUUAAAUGAAAAUGUUCAGACUCUGUAAUGGAAAAUGUUAAUUGUUUGUGUGUCCACAUAACUGAGUAUGUGACUAACCUUGUGAAACUGUCCUAUUAUAAGCUCCUUUUCUUGGGAGUAUCAUCCUGUGUUGCAAACCAAUUUGCACCUGUGUCCUUGUAUGAAUAAAGUCCUGCCCAGGAACAGGAAACUAUAAAGAUAUGUGCUCAUCACUCAAUACUUCAGGAAUUCAGACUGUCUACACUGCGCUGUGUAACUCUGUUAUUCUCUCUGAGCUCAGAAAUAAAGAAUCUUGGUUUGA